CUACAUUUACCCUCUCAAUUUUCACAAUCUCUGUAUAUGAAACUCUCUCUCUCUCUCUCUCUCUCUCAAAAGUCUCUGCAACCCCAAGGAAAAACCCAAACUUCCAAAAAUGUCAGCACCAACUAUCCCCGACUUCCUACUCUUCCUCCUUCUCCACCUCUGUCUCUUCCACACCAAAACUCUCCGAGUCCAAGCCCUCACUUCACCCACAGAUAUCUCAGCCCUCAAAUCCUUCAAAGCCUCAAUCAAACCCUCCUCUAUUCCACCUUCGUCUUGCUUAGCCUCUUGGAACUUCACCACCGACCCAUGUACCGUCCCUCACCGCACCUCCUUCACUUGCGGCCUCACCUGCAACCCUGACUCGACCCGAGUCAUCCAGCUCGUUCUCGACCCAGCAGGUUACUCAGGUACACUCACCCCACUCAUUUCUCAACUCUCCCAACUCACUUACCUUGACCUCUCUGAUAACUCUUUCUUUGGCCCUAUACCUUCUUCCAUUUCCUCUCUUUCAAACCUCCAAACCCUUAGUCUCCGAUCCAACUCAUUCUCUGGCUCAGUCCCUGUAUCCUUUGCCAGCCUUAAAUCUCUUGACUCGUUGGACCUUUCUCACAAUUCUCUAACUGGGUUUCUUCCAAAUUCAUUCAACUCGCUCUCAAACUUGAGAAGACUCGAUCUGAGUUACAACAAACUCACUGGGUCGCUCCCUAAACUCCCACCAAACUUGCUUGAACUCGCUCUAAAGCACAAUUCUUUAUCUGGGUAUCUCUCAAACUCGUCUUUUGACGGGCUGACUCAGCUGGAAGUGGUGGAACUCAGUGAAAACUCUUUCACGGGCACACUACAACCUUGGUUUUUUCUCUUGCCCUCACUUCAACAGGUUGACUUAGCCAAUAACAGCUUCACACGUGUCGAGGUUUGGAAGCCCGCCGGUGGCAACAGCAACCUCGUGGCCGUUGAUUUGGGAUUCAACGGCAUUAAUGGGUACUUGCCUGUGAAUUUCGCUAGUUAUCCUGUGUUAGCGUCUCUAACACUUCGUUACAACCGAAUACGUGGCAAAAUCCCAUUGGAGUACAGCAAGAACAAGUUUUUAAGGAGGUUGUAUUUGGACGGAAAUUUCUUGAUCGGAAAGCCUCCGGCGGAGUUCUUCGCCGGCGGCACGUCAGUUUCCGGUAGCUUGGGGUACAAUUGUCUACAGGGCUGCCCUGCUUCUUCACAACUGUGUGUGCCUUCUCAGAAACCCAAUGCUAUGUGCAAACAUGCCUAUGGUCAUCAUGGUGAUGAAAAACCAAGGUCCUAAAUGGUCAGAUAAUUGUCAGUCAUAUAUUUUUAUUUUUAUUUUUGUUCCUUCUUAGAGAAUGAAUAAGAAAAUGUAUCGAUUUGAAAUGCUUAACAUAGAAGCAAGCUGUACCAAAAAAUUGAAUAAGAUAAAUAUUGAUAUAGGCAGGUACACAUAUUAUUAAAAUCAUA